GGUAGUUGUAGUUGUAACUUUUGUAGACUCCCCCGCCAUUUAUUCCAUUUAUUUUCUGCAUCUACACAGGACAAACACACCAUGACUUCUUUUAAACCACUCUAUGAAGCCCUUCAAAAGGAACUUACAACCAUCCACAAAAAGACUUUCCAUGUACAUGCUGCCAAGGAGUUGGAACGUAAGAAGGCCGUGUUACAAUACAAGAAGAUCCAACUCAUCAAGCAACGUGUUCCAACCACGGAUUUGGAUAAGGAAAUUGCUGAAAUGAACGCCAAUAGCUUGGAAGCACCUCCUUUGGACACCACCACUUUGAGAAACUUGGCCGAGGAAUCAACUUACACCAAUGAACCAUUACUCAAGGUCAAAUUACAACAGUUGUCAAACAUGUCCACCUUCUUACGCUCCCAGAGAGAAUACACCGAGCUCUUGGAAAGAUACAACCCAGGUCUCACCAUGGACCAAGAAGACAAGGUCAGACGUACUGCCAACCGCGUUGGACUUUCCGUUCCCAAAUAGAUGCCACCGCCACCGCCACUACCACCACCACCACCAUGGGGCGCAUGGUGUAGAAUGUACAUAGAGAGUAUUUAUUAAUAGUUUAAAAAGAGGAAACAUAGAGAGCAUUUCACGAGGGUUUGUAGG